AUGGACGAACGUUUGCUGAACGAUCUACUGGAAUGUUCCGUGUGCCUGGAACGGCUGGAUUCCUUGUCGAAAGUGCUGCCUUGCCAGCAUACCUUCUGCCGGAAAUGUCUCGAGGAAAUCGUUGCCAGCCACCAGGAGCUGCGCUGCCCGGAGUGUCGCGUCCUGGUCGAGGUGCGAAUAGACGAGCUGCCGCCAAACGUGCUACUGAUGCGUAUCCUCGAAGGCAUGAAAACCGCGGAGCUAAACAACCAGAACACGAAUCAGAACGCCACCAGCAACAACAAACCCACGGGCAAUCGCAAUCAAUCACAGGGAGCCUCACCGCCAACGGGUGGAGGCAACUAUCAGCAACCGCCGCCGCCACCGCAGCAGCAACAUCCAUCAUCGGGCGGUGCUAAAAUAGGUAAAUCGUUAGCCCCGGGUGCGGCUUCCGGCCAGGCAACGGAGCAAGGGCAACCGCAUCCCCAGCACCACCACCAACAGCAGCAGCACCACCAUCAGCCCCUGUCGCGCAUAAUUGGCUCCAAUGCUUCGUCGGGCACGACCAACAGCAGCUCGCUGGACCUUUCCAAGAUCCCACACGCGAAAGCGUUCUACGAUUUUUCCUCCAGUGAAACCAGUGAUAUUAGUUUCCGCAAGGGUGACAUCAUAAUUCUCAAGAAGAAAAUCGACCACAACUGGUGCGUGGGAGAGGUGAACGGAAAGGUGGGCGCGGUGCCGCUGAAUCACAUCAAGGUGCUGGUCCCGCUGCCGUUCCCGCAGUGCAAGGCUCUGUACGACUUUCGCAUGGGACCAACCGAGGAGGAAGGCUGCCUGACGUUCAAGAAGGGCGCCAUUAUCCAUGUGCUGCGGCGCGUCGACCAGAACUGGGCCGAAGGGCGGAUAGCGGACAAGAUUGGCAUCUUUCCGAUUUCGUUCGUCGAGAUGAACGGGCUAGCGAAGCAUCUGAUGGACUCGUCCCUGAAGCAUCUGUUGGGAAACAACUCCAAUCGUACCGUUCCUCCGACGCCGUUUGAUUUGAAUGCGAGCGCGACGAGUAGCAGCGACACGAGCUCGAGUGUGACCACUAGCCCCAACUCGUCGACGAGUACCACGAGCUCCAAUUCCAGCACGGCUCCGAGCAGCCCAACGGCACACUUCCUACAGCAGCAGCAGCAGCAACAGCAGCAACCUACCGGAGCUUCCCAGGCCGCUACCAAGUCCAAGUCCCAGCACCAUCAUCAGCAUCAUCGAUCCGAUCCGGUGAAUCGGGAAAAGCGUCACUCACUCACGACGGCCACCUUUGCUGCGGCCGGUGGAUCAGCCUCCGCCGGAGCACUGCAAACUUCCCAUCCCGUCGCGCACCGACAUUCGAGCGAAAUGUUGAACCAUGAUGGUGUCACCGCGGAAGGUGCCACCACCGCCGCUGGGACCAACACGUCAGCUGCGUCACCUGCAGCAGCCGCAACAUCCACUGCCGCGUACCAGAAGUGCAACCUGACGAAAGCUAGUCAAAUGUACCACCAGCACCCACAGCUGCCCGCAACGUACGUUGCCCUCUAUCCGUACAAGCCGCAGAAACCGGAUGAAUUGGAGCUUAAAAAAGGAUCGAUUUACUACGUUACGGAGCGAUGCCAGGAUGGUUGGUUCAAGGGAUCCAACUGGCAGAAGAAAUCCGGUGUGUUUCCCGGUAAUUACGUUGCGAUCCACAAGGGAAGGGACGGUGGCACGUCUGGAAGCCGCUCGGCAAACGCUGGCUCGAGCGGGAAGCAAAACACCGUUGCCAGUCCGUCCGGACAACUAGGAACGUCGGUGUCGAACUGUGCAGCUUCCGGUGCCGUGACGCCAUCCAAUGGAUCAUCCUCCUCCUCCGCUCAUCAGCAGCAGUCACUUCUGUUGCAGCUUCCGGAAUUGCCACCUCGCAACACAGCAGCACAGCCGCAGGCGCAAGGAAUGAAGUACAUUGACUCAAUCUUUGGCCGGCAAGGAUCCCACGAUGGUGGCGGAGGUUCACCAAGUAACGAGCCACAGGCCACAGGGACGUUGGAAACCGGUGCCACGACCACCACUCCGACGUCUGCGUCGGUCGCUUCUACUCCGACGACUACGCCGACCUCGGGAAAGGUGAAGAAAGAUUCAUCGGCCGUCAGUCUGAUGAAGCGAUUGACCAACAUGAAGCGUUCCAAGUCACCGACGGGCGCCGGGUGCUCAGGUGGAACAACCAACCCGGCGUACACCAGCGACGGAUCACUGUUCGAUGAGAUGGCAAGCAACUCUCCGACCGGGGCUGGGGGGGCUAAGUUGGCGAAGGCAAACUUCCAGCAAAUCGUAAACCCGGUCCACGUUCGAUCCGGUUCCUGUCCCAGUCAACUGCUGCAAAACCUGCCCAUGGAUCUGGCACUGAACGGUGGCGGGCUUCCAUCACAUUCCCAUCAAACGUCGCAUCAUCAUCAGCAACAGAAUCUGGUGGCUUCGCUGAUGGCUUCGCGGGUUGAAAACGGAACCACACCCCUGAUGUACGGCUCGCAGCGUAUCAAGCCGCACAAAGAACGUCCUUCGAUGCAUGGCUUUAAAUACGGGGACCACAACGCGGGGAUCGUAACGGCCACCGCGAAACACAUCGCGCAUGAAGCGCCAGCCGCGACGUCGCAUCACGCCGGCAAACAGCAAACGCAGAUUUAUCACCGCAAAUCGCAAUCUCUCGACGCUUCGGCAAUUAUCUCACAGCUUGGCCCCGGCCAGCAGCACAGCUCGGCGGCGGCCAUGACUGGCUCUUCGGGCAACAUGAACGGUGGAACGCCUUCGAAAUCUUCUUCUAAAUCCUCGCACUCGCAAUCGGUCCGGGAGCGCUUCAAGUGCAUUGUGCCGUAUCCGCCAAACAGCGAGUACGAGCUCGAGCUACGCGUCGGUGAUAUCGUGAUGGUGCACAAAAAGCGCGACAAUGGGUGGUACAAAGGGACGCACGCCCGUUCCGGCAAGACGGGACUCUUUCCGGCUUCGUUUGUCGAGCCGGACAUCUGA